GUUACCUAGGGAGGCUGUGGAGUCUCCAUCCUUGGAGAUACUCAAAACUCAACGAGGCAGAGCUUGGACUAUAUGAUCUCUAGAGGUUCCUCUCAACCUAAACUAUUCUGUGGUUUAAAUGAUUGCUUUUUUAAUCUUUUAUACAGCUCUUUAUAGACCUAGAAUUUUAUUUUGAGCUUAUUCUGAAAGUGAAGACAAUAAAAGAAUAUGCACUUCCCAGGGAAUAUUUUCUUAAAACAAAAUUCAGUGGUUUUUUUUUUUCUCACACUGAGCCAUUUCUUUGCCAAUAGUUCAACAAAGAAACAUUUUUUUGACUGUGAACACUCUAAAGCAGUUUUUGACUGCCAUUAAUUUAUCAGAUCACAUAUCUAACUUUAAAUUUUUAGAUAAUAAAAAAAAAGCUUGUUUCUUGUGAAAAUCCAGGAAAAUCUUGAUUAUGCAGAGAAACUCCUAUGUAUCCUUUCUUUAUUGUGGUAGGGUCUAAGUCAGAUCUGAGGCAUAAGAUCAACAGAAAGAAGUAGGGAAAAGAUAAAGACAAUCUAGAAAUUAUUUUAUUUUUUUAGAACUGCUGCCCUGUAAAAAAAGAAAAAGAAAGACAUUUCCCUAAUCAGAUAUGCUUAGAUUUCAAAUAAAUCCAUAUGUAUCUGAUUGUAUGCCAAAGAAGAUGAUUUAUUCAUGCAGUAAUUCUUUCUUGUGUGUGGCAUAUAUUUUCCUGUAAGAAAAUUAGAUCAGCUGAAUGUGUCUUUCAAACCAGUAAGACAGACUCUGCAAGUUUUUUGUUUCAGUAAGAGCUGUAAAAUAAUUCUUAAAGGCAAAUUACUCCAUUAGGUUAGCACAUAUGUGUCUUUUACAUCCAAACCUUGUGGCUGUAUAUGUAAUCUCAGCAAGCACCUUUCCAGCUGGCUGAAGUGGGUCAAAGCCUGCAAAAAGGUCAUGAAAAGCUCUCUCCUUAUUGACAGGAGGAUGGUGACACUCUAUGGGAUCAGCUGACUGAUGUAAGUGAAAACAGGCUCUCAUUUCUAGCCAUGCCCUGCAUCAGAUCCAGUUUGAACUCACCUUUCUUGAAGAAGCUGACCAGUGCUAUAGGCAGAAUUCCAGCACUGAGAAGUGGAUCCACCCUCAGGCGGUCAUUUCCUGGCAGAGGUGGUCUUCCCAACUGUUCAGGAAUGGAGAAGCUGGUUGCUUGUCCAUACAAAAGACCAAAUGCUCUCUGUAGGCUGAUUUGCUUUCCAUGGGCUGGAGGUGGAACUUCUCAAUUUGCAAAAUGGGGCAAACUCUUCAACAGCUCAAUUGAAGUAUCCUCUGUAAGGCUUCCUGGAAGAGAAUCUCGUCUUAAGGAGCCUUUUGCAAAAGACAUGAAAACUGUAGUUAAUGAAAUUACAAGUGUUUUGUUAAAAGAAUUGCAAGAAAAAACAUUUGCAUUUUUUGGUCACAGUUUUGGAUCUUACCUUAGUUUCGCAGUUGCACUACACUUGAAAGAAAAGUAUGGACUAGAGCCAAUCCAUCUCUUUGUAUCAGGGGGGCAUGCCCCAAACUCUGAAGCAUUUCUUCCCAUCAAAAGCAUACCCAUGUAUGAUACAGAAGAUGAGGACAUUCUUACAUAUAUACAGACUUCAGGAGGAACUUCUUCUGAGCUUCUGCAAAAUGAAGAAAUUAAGAACCAUCUGCUACUUACUUUCAAGGAAGACCUUAGAGUUCUUCAGACAUUUUUUUUUGAGAAGGCAGAAAGGAACAUCUCCUUCUCUUGUGAUAUUACCUGCUUUAAUGGAUCUGAAGACAAACCAUAUGAUUUAGAAGCCUGGCAUGAUCUAACAAGUGGAGGUAUUUCCUUUUACAAGCUUCCUGGUGAUCACUUUUAUCUGCUGGAACCUUCUAAUGAAAUUUUCUUGAUAAAACACAUAACAAGAUGCAUAGAAAAUGCUGGUCUAUGAGUAUUUCCCUCUGUAUUAAUGGCAGAAGGUGUAAGAUUAGUCCACAGCAGUUCAUAAUAAGUCAUUUUUUCUGUACAAUUUCAUGUGGUUAUGCCUGAAGAGUUGUUCUGUUCCUCCUCUGUGAUCAUUUAAAAGGGGGAUUUUUUCUGAUUUUUUGAAAAUAAACAUUGGCUUUGGGUCUUAAAAAUAA